AGAGGUUCCAACAGAGAUGUCCUGCGUGGAAUUCCAGCUUUCUGUAUUCGUCAUAUCCGAUCCGCUGUCGGAUCGAGUGUAGUUGUCGUUGAUGGCAACAGUGUCGUUGUUGGUGGUGAUGGCGUUGUUGUUGUUGUCGUUGUUGUUGUCGGUGUUUUUGUCGUUGUGCUGGUGGAGCUGGCCGUACUGAUGGCAUGGCUCGUCUUGGCUGUUAAAAUUCGUGCAGUGAUUUUUUUAUUCGUCGUUCGUGUGCUUCUGAAGUCCACCAGCGACCUUGCCGGCGUUGGUAGGCAGAUGCCAUCUGUGCAUUUUGAAGCGUAG